AUGGCUUUUCUCGCAACUGUUGGUCUGUCAGCUCUACUCUACUAUUUCUCCUACUUAAUUUUUCCCUCAAUUUUGGAUUGCGAUAUAUUGCUCAGUUUUAAGGAGAUAUUCGGCAAGCCUAUAUCUUCUUUGAAAGGCAAAAUCAUAUGGAUAACAGGUGCGUCCAGCGGUAUUGGAGAGCAGUUAGCCUAUGUAUUAGCUAAAGCAGGCUGCAAAUUAAUCUUGUCCGCUCGAAGGGUCGCUGAAUUGGAACAAGUGAAAAAGAAAUGUCUGGAAGAAAACAAAUAUUUAAAUGACAAUGAUGUGGAAUUGUAUCCUUUAGAUGUGCUUAAUCUGGAAUCGCACGAAAAAGCAUUCCUACACGUAAUCAACAAAUUUGGCAAAUUGGAUAUACUCGUUAAUAAUGCUGGUCGAAGUCAACGAGCGCAAUGGGAAAACAUUCAAAUAGCAGUCGAUAGAGAAAUAUUUGAAUUGAAUGUAUUGUCCAUUGUAUCUCUAAGUAGAUUAGCAGUUAGGUAUUUUUUACAAACAGGCUAUGGCCAAAUUGUCAUCAACUCUAGCGUCGCGGGAUUUUUACCGGCAAUUAUGUCAGGAUCCUAUAAUGGUACUAAACAUGCGUUACACGGUUAUUUCAAAUCCUUAAUGUUAGAACAUUCUAAGCAUAUCGAUGUGACAAUCGUUUGUCCGGGUCCGAUACAGACGAAUUUUCUGGCCGAAAGCUUUACAGAAAGAUCUUGUGUAAAAUACGGUAUAAACACUGAAAUAGACAAAAAUAAAAUAAGCGCAAAUCGUUGCGCAACUUUAAUGGGCAUAGCAAUUGCGAAUAAGUUGGACGAAGUAUGGAUUGCCAAACCGUCUGUGUUGCGAUUGGUCUACAUAUUUUAUUGUUUCCCAAAUUUUGGAAAAUGGUUCUUGAAGAUCCUAGGCCCAAAAUAUCUAAUGAAACUACGGGAUGCUAAGGUUCCUAGUCAGAAUUAAUUGUCAUUUUUAAAACAGUCUAAUGAUAAUUAGUAUUUAUUUUCAAAUUUGUCAAUUUUAAAAUUUAUCAUUGUUUUUCGAGCUUUUUACCUCUUACUCUCAAAAUAGCUUUCUUAAAUAAUGAAUAAUAGAGUUCAAUGGCGCAUAGAGAGUCGUCGUUUUCGGGGAUGGGGUAUAUUAUAAAAUUUGGAUUGCAAUUUGUGUCAACUAUAUCUACGCUGGUUAUGUACACCUCCGCCGAAUGUUUAACCAGGAUAUUCAACCAGAACAGAGUCGAGAGUAUUAAGAAAGAUGCAAACAAUAUCCAUCUCCAUAUUUUUAUAAUUAAAUAUAAUGUUCAUAUACAAUGCGUAUUUAUAUUUGUUUACAAUUGCAUAUAUAUAAUAUAUAUAGCGAUUUUCUCGCAAUUUACACAUUUUACACUCAUGUAGUAUUUACGAUAGUUUUAAACGGCUAUUUGCAUUUGAUGGGGAUAAAUCUCAUAUGAACCGGAUGAGAAGGACGAAGUAUUAUAUCGGCCUUCAGUUGAAUAUCCUUUAAAUCCUUAACGGGCUCCAAAUAAAAAUUAUAUACCAAAGGAGCUAUAAUAGCCUUCAAUUCCAACAGAG